CUACGUAAAACACUAACCUCCAAGAGACCCGGAACAAAAACUUGGACCUCACUCGUUUAGUCGUGUGGAUUUGGCAGUUCUCAGGUAGGGAGCGAAGCGUUACAAUUUGGAUUUUGGAAUUUGCCAGGCUAAUUCAGCUUAAAGAUGGAGCACGGGAGACAGAACAAAGAAUAUUUGCCAUCUCGUCAUUUUAGACAUGGGCAAAACCAAGGUGCCACACGGCAGAAGGAUGCCUAUGCUAGGCUUCUAAAUCAGCAUCGAAGUAGUAAAUUUAGGUCAUACUUGAGACAGUUUGCACAGCAGCAUACUCAGAAGAUGGAAGAGCCUAACAAUGACACACAAGAAUAUUUAUCUGAAAAAGGGGAAAGUAAGGUGACACAUUUAUAUCAAAAUGGUUACUUCUCUCCUAGUAAGAGCUGUGAAGCAGAUAACACCUUGUCUUCACAUAUAGUCAAACCAAAAGAUAAAGCAGAGGCUGUGGAACUGCAUAAGCAGAAGAAGGUUACAUAUGUCCAAGUGCAUGGGAAUAAGAAACCCAAUGUUAGUAUUGUCCAGGAUGGAAAUGGAUUAUGUGGUGGUGAUGGAGCACAGACAAACUCAAAGCUUCAAUACCUAGGAAUACUUCCAUCAGAAGAGUCUAAUAUAGAAGAACUAGCAUGGCUGGAUAACUCUUCAGGAAAAUUAUUGACUUGUUCACCAGAACAGAGUACUGUUUUUUUUCCUUUCAGCAGUGAAAAAGCAGACAGUGUAACAAAACAAAUGAAAAAGAAAAAGUCAAAAAAGAUGUCGGCAGGAAAGAUCAGUUCUGAGGCUGCUAAAGGGACAUCUGAAGUUUUAAAUAGCGACCUAGCAUCUGCAGGGGAGUCUCAUUUUGCUGAUGGAAAGGCCAAACAGCAGGACACAAGGGCUACUGGGCAAGCCGAAGGUAAAGCCUUUAAUUCAGUCCCUUCUUCUCUUGAUAAUGAUGGACACAGAAAUCGUCAGAGUUACGGGAAACGAAGACAGAUUUUUGAAAGUUACAUGUCAUUUGAAGAUGUGUCUGCAGGACUCAAAAGAGGGGAACUUAUCCAGGGCACAUUACGAAUAAAUCCUAAAAAGUUCCAGGAGGCAUUCAUCAAUUCUCCUGAUGGCUGUAGAGAUAUAUUUAUGGAUGGAAUUGUAGCUCGAAAUAGAGCAUUAAAUGGUGAUGUGGUUGUAGUGAUGCUUCUCCCCAGAGAGCAAUGGAAGACUUUAAAAUUAGAUAAAGAAGACGAGCUUGUGCUUGGCACAAAAAAACAGAGCCUCCUGGCAGAAAAUGUGAACUGUAUGAAACAUAGUAACAGUGCUGAUGAGCGGUAUAGUCCAGACAUCAUCAUUGAAGAACAUAUUGAUAGUAAUGGGGAAGACCAGGAGUUGGUCAGUGAGAUGCAGAGGAUGCAUGUCAGCACUCUAGCUUGUCCUAAUAAUGCAAGACUUCCAGCUUCAAAGCAAGAUACUAUCUCAAGCACAAUCAACCCUGAGAAGUUUCUUCAAAGGACUGCAAAGGUUGUGUACAUUGUAGAGAAGAAGCAUUCUCGAGCCGUGACAGGGUUUAUCAAAUUAUUGCCAGAGAAGAGAUAUGCCAUGUUUUCCCCAGUGGACCACAGAGUGCCUCGAGUGAACAUUCCUCUAGCUAGCUGUCCUGCUGAUUUUCCAAUGCGACCUGAAGAUUACUGCAAAACCCUUUUUAUCUGUCGUAUUGUUGACUGGCAUGAAAAUAGCAAUUUUGCAGAAGGUCAACUGCUUAAAAGCCUUGGCCAAGCUGGUGAAAUUGAGCCAGAAACUGAAGGUAUUCUAAGCGAGUAUGAUGUGGAUUUUUCAGAGUUCUCGGAAGAGGUGCUAGCUUGUCUCCCACAGGCACUUCCCUGGGUAAUUCCAGCAGUGGAGUACCAGAAAAGAAGAGACUUAAGGGCUGAAUGUAUAUUCACCAUUGACCCAGUCACAGCUAGAGAUCUUGAUGAUGCUUUGUCUUGUAAGCAACUAGCAGAUGGAAAUUUUGAAGUUGGAGUCCAUAUUGCUGAUGUCAGCUAUUUUGUGGAAGAGAAUUCAGCCCUUGACUUUAUUGCCAGCCGCAGAGCAACCAGUGUGUAUUUAGUACAAAAGGUAAUCCCAAUGCUUCCCCGGCUUCUUUGUGAGGAAUUGUGCAGCCUGAACCCCAUGACAGACAGACUGACUUUCUCAGUCAUUUGGAAACUCUCACCACAUGGCAAGAUCUUAGAUGAAUGGUUUGGUCGAACCAUUAUUCGUUCAUGCAUAAAACUAAGCUACAGCCAUGCCCAGAGCCUGAUUGACAACCCAGACAAGAUUUUUCCAGCAGAGGAAAUGCCACCCUGCUCCCCAGAGCACUCUAUUGAUGAGAUAAAAUGUUCAGUUGUCAACCUUCAUGCCAUUGCCAAGCAGCUACGUGCUCAGCGUUUUGAAGGAGGAGCUCUGCGACUAGACCAGCUUAAAUUAUCCUUUACAUUGGAUCAUGAGAGUGGGAUGCCUCAAGGGUGCUAUAUCUAUCAGUACAGAGACAGCAACAAGUUGGUGGAGGAGUUUAUGCUGCUAGCAAACAUGGCAACGGCACAUCGCAUCAACCGCUCAUUCCCAGAACGAGCUUUGUUACGUUGCCACCCCCCACCACAAACAAAGAUGGUAGAAGACCUGGCUGAAUUCUGUGAGCAGAUGGGACUGAAGCUGGACUUUAGCUCAGCUGGCGUUCUCCAUAAAAGCUUGAUUGCAACUGUGGGGACAGAUGAAUACUCCAGUGCUAGGAAGGAGGUCCUCACUGCUAUGUGCUCUCGACCAAUGCAGAUGGCACUGUACUUUUGUGCUGGAGCUCAGCCAGAUAAGUCAUGUUUCAGACAUUAUGCAUUGAAUGUGCCACUCUAUACUCACUUCACCUCCCCCAUCAGACGCUAUGCAGAUGUUAUUGUUCACCGGCUGCUGGCAGCAUCCUUAGGAUGUGGCCAUGACUUAAUAUUGCCCUUAGAAGACAUACAGAAGCAGGCAUCUCACUGCAAUGAUAAGAAAACAGCAUCCAAGCGAGUUCAGGAGCUGAGCACAGAGCUGUUCUUUUCAGUGUUUGUAAAGGAGUGUGGACCAUUGGAGUCUGAAGCCAUGGUGAUGGGAGUCAUGGACAAGUCGUUUGAUGUGCUGGUGCUAAAGUAUGGUGUGCAGAAGCGAAUCUACUGCAAUGCCUUACCUCUGCAAGACUUCACUUUCCGCAAAGUAGGGAAAAAGCCAGAAAUGAAGCUUAUCUGGUUGCCUGAAGACCCAGAAGAGGAUCCUUUGUUGCAGGAAAUUUCCAUUUUCACCUUGGUGGAUGUGAUGCUGAAGGCAGAUGAAGGACCUCUCAGGUACAGCGCCAUCUUGAGAAGACCUUCAGCUUUGACAUCUUGAAACACAAGCAUUGAAAGUAAAUAUCAUGAUGGACAACCAAGAUGGCUAUGUGAUAUGGCCCAUCAUAUAUAAUUUACAUUUUGUGUUUUUUUAUUUUUAUUUUAAAUGCUAUAGGUCACGAAUUGAUGUAAAUUUUACUAUGUUAUUUGUCUAUAUUGUUUUGUCCUCAUGAAAUGAAUUAGCAACAAAUUUCAGUCGCCUUUAAAGGACCUUUAUGCACAGGGCAUAAGAGCCACACGAUACGCUCAGUUGCACAACAAAUUCAUUUUAUAUUCUGCUCAAUCCUAGUCGCUUUAAAACAUAUUCAAAAUCAGUUGAGCAGUUAUUUGUCCACACUGAUCUUUUUUCAUAUAUUUAAAAGAAAAACACAAAUGUUAUGAAAACUAAGGUGUUUUUAUUUUAUUUUCUUUGUGCU